GUCUAGUACGAAUACUGCCAGUGUUCCAAACUGUCUUCCUCUCUCUGCCUUUACCCUAAAGAGGCACUCAUUUGCUUCAUAAACCCUUUCAGUGGCUGUCCUUUCAGCCUCAAGGCCUCAACUUUAAGAGAGGGGUACUAUAGUUUUUUUGUUCUUAUAUAUUACCCUUGUAAACCAUUCUUUGUUCUCCAAUUCUUUGGUCAAGAGCCUCUGUUUUAUCAUCUAAAUAGUUCCAAUAUACAUAGAAAUCAAAAGCUCGUUAUUGUCACCACUUCAUUAGAUGAAACUAGUUGUUUUUGGGAGUUAAUAACAGAGUUUUUUCCCCUUGUUCUGUAAUGGCACCAAGUUUUGACUCUGCAGUUUCAAGCCUUCUGUGUACAGAGGAUAACAACAGCAUUUUCGGUGAUGUCAGUACCGAUUACCAUGGGGUUGUUGUGGAGGAGUUUGAGCCCACAUGGCAUCAUGGGAAUCAUCAAACCCAUAUUGAUGAUUACGGAGAAAUAUUACCAUCGCAGAGUGAUGAGUGUUUGGCUUUGAUGCUUGAAAAGGAAUGCCAGCAUUUGCCAAAUAGUGAUUAUUGGAAGAGACUGCAAACGGGGGAUUUGGACUUGGUGGCUAGAAAAGAGGCCGUCGAUUGGAUUUUUAAGGUUAAUGCCCAUUUCGGUUUCGGACCUCUCUCUGCUUUUUUAUCCAUAAACUACUUGGACAGAUUUCUGUCUGCCUAUGAAUUGCCUAACGGUAAAGCUUGGAUGAUGCAAUUGUUGGCGGUGGCAUGUUUGUCGCUUGCGGCCAAAAUGGAGGAGACUCAAGUUCCAUCAUGUGUAGAUCUACAGGUGGGUGAAUCAAAGUUCUUAUUUGAAGCUAGAACUAUCAAAAGAAUGGAGCUUUUGGUGCUAAGCACCUUGAGGUGGAGAAUGCAAGCAAUUACCCCAUUUUCCUACAUAGACUACUUCAUGCGCAAGAUCAAUGGCGGUGAUCAAAUCCCACUAAGAACUUUAUUAUUGAGAUCAAUCCAACUCAUACUAAGCACUAUAAAAGGGAUUGACUUCUUGGAAUUCAAGCCUUCUGAGAUUGCAGCAGCCGUGGCAAUUUCUGCUGCAGGAGAAACCACAACAGUUGAUACAGAGAAAGCAAUUUCUGUUCUCUCUCAAUAUGUGAAAAAGGAGAGAAUGGUUGGGUGUGUAAAAAUGGUACAAGAUUUGUCACAGAUUAGUGCCAAUGCUUCUGUGCCUCAAAGUCCAAUUGGGGUGCUGGAUGCAGCUUGCUUGAGCUAUAAAAGUGACAACACAACGGUUGGGUCAUGCCCAAGUUCAUCGAAUAAUACACCGGAUCCGAAAAGGAGGAAGCUAAACAGACCUUAUGAAGUGGUGCUAUAAAUAAAAGGGAAGAUGGGUUGUAUUUACACCAUCAAUAUGUUUCGGUUUUUAUAUAGGACUUUUGUUUUGCUUGUGAAUUGUGAGGGCGGCUCCCAGAAGAAGUCAAAAAACGAAAAUGAAUUCAGAAUAGCUGAUGCAAAAGGAAAGAACUGAGAAAUUUCGAGGAGAAAGAAAAAAGAAAGGGUAAAAAAGGUUGAUUCAUAGAUGAUGGUGAUGGGAGGCGAAAAUUUAAAAAAAAAAAAACACAAAAAAAUACUUGUACUUUCUUGUGAGAUACAGUUGGUUUGAUUGAUUUCGUUAAUUAGUCUAUGAAAUCUAAUAGAAAAUGAAAUUCCA